UUAUCUAUCCGAAUCCGGCCAUUCUUCGCCCGCGACCACUGCUUCACUAAUGGACGCCUCUUCUGCGGCUUUCCUCCGCGUUCCCCUCCCUCCCAGCGGUUGCUCCGCCGUCCGUCGCGCAUCCGUCUGCCGGGCCUCCAUGUGCUACUGCACUGGCCCCAACUCGUCUCCACCGCCGGAGCCCCGGCAAGCCCUCGGAAGCAGAAGGCAGUGCCUCCUCCUCCUCGCCCUCUCCUCUGCCGCUCUCUCUUCCCCGGCCAGGUCAGAGGACAUCCCGCUCUUCGGGAUCAAGAAGAGGAUAAAGAAAAUCGAGGAGGAGGCGGAGGAAAUCGUGCAGGAAGGGGAGAAAGCCGUGGAGAAGGGCAUCGUGGCUGCGGAGAAGGGCAUCGUGGCUGCGGAGCAGGGCAUCGUGGCGGCGGAGAAGGAGAUCCAGGCGGCGGAGGGGAUCGUUGCAUCGGCUAGCCUCAGCCUCGCCGGGGAUCUUCUACAGGCCGGCGCAGUCGCUGGAGCUGAGGCCGUCGGGGUGCUUGUCUCCGUCUCCAUCGUCAACGGCAUUCUUGCGCCGGAGAGAUAGAAUCCCUAAUCGAUUUCACGUUGGCCUUUCAAGGCAUCGGACGUGAAUGAAGUGCUGAAACUACUAUGUUUAUUGUGCUUUUUUUUUUUUUUCUGGCAGCAAAAAUGGUGUGUCUAUAUUUAAACAACAAAUUUGAAUUUUAUAUUUCUUCUAAUGUAAUAACAGGUUUUUAUUUUUCUAUUAAAA